AACGGCAGCUCUAACUUUAUUUCAGUUUGUUUGUAUGGUCUGUGGUACCGGGGACGAUUCUUCUGCUUUCUGCUAUCAGCUCAGCUGCUCUUAGAUAUCAAACAAAAAUAUAUUUGUUUGUUAUUUAUUAUACAUUUGAAUUAAAUAUGAUAGUGCAAUAAAUUAUAAUGGAUUUGGUUGAUAUUUUUGAAAUUAGUUCCAUGUUAAUUGAAGAACUGUCCACACAAGAACAAACGUUUCACACAGAUAUUGUUAAGAAGUUUAUUGGAGGUAGAAUAAACACUAAAGGAAUAGUUAUUCCACAAGAAUUUAAAGCAGGUUUGGAUUGGAUUAAUGUUAGUAAGACUUUGACAUUCAAAAAGGAUCUCAAAGGAAAGGUCAUUGUGUUAGAUUUCUUCACCUAUUGCUGCAUCAACUGCAUGCACAUACUUCCUCAAUUGAAAUCCCUGGAACACAAAUUCACGGUUGAAGAUGGAUUGGUUGUUAUUGGCGUGCAUAGUCCCAAAUUCUCUAACGAGCGUUCAACCGACAACGUAAGGGCAGCUGUCGAAAGGUAUGAGAUCACUCAUCCAGUUGUCAAUGAUCAUGGUGAGGACCUAUGGAGUGCCUUGGGGAUAUGUUGCUGGCCUACUUUAGUUAUUGUUGGUCCAAAUGGGGAACUUUUGUUGUACCUCAUGGGGGAAAGCCAUGAAAAACUGUUACACUUGUUUGUAAAGGAAGCUCUCACCAUUUUCAAGGAGAGAGGUCAGAUAUCACCUCAUCCGAUCCCGGAAAUCAGUGUCCACAAUCAGUACAGACAGCCGAGUUUACUGUACUUCCCAGGGAAGGUGUGCACUGUACAGACUCUCUCAGGAUAUUUACUAGCUGUAGCAGACACAGGGCAUCACCGAAUUCUGAUAAUCGACAGCAGUGGGAAUGUUCAGCAUAUCAUUGGUGGGAAUGGAAGCGGUUUAGAGGAUGGAAGUUUUCAAGAGGCCAAGUUUCAUUCUCCGCAGGGUCUUGUAUUUACGGAUCCGUUGACUCUAUACGUGGCAGACACUGAAAAUCAUGCCCUGAGGAAGGUGGACCUGGCUGCGGGUACUGUGGAGACAGUGGUGGGUGACGGCCAGCAAGGAGAUGACAUGGUGGGGGGAGGGGUGGGGAGACACCAACGACUCUCCUCCCCUUGGGACCUAGCAGUCCUCUCCCCAACCACACUGCUGGUAGCUAUGGCAGGCUGCCAUCAGCUGUGGGCGUACUUUCUCAAAGAUACCGUCCUCUGGAAGAAAGCAUACGCAAGUGGUGUGUGUGCUGCGGUGGCAGGCAGUGGGCGCGAGGAGAAUCGUAAUAAUUCGUACCCGCAGCGUGCUGGUUUUGCGCAGCCGUCGGGACUCACCAUAACUGCAGAUGGACAGCAGAUCUACGUAGCCGAUAGUGAAAGUUCUACUAUCCGAGCAGUGAGCUGUGACGAGGGCAAGGUCACUGCUGUGGUCGGCGGUAUGGUUGAUCCUCAGAACCUGUUUGCGUUCGGAGACAAGGAUGGAUGCGGACUGGAGGUGAAACUUCAGCACCCUCUGCGGGUGGCGUGGAGUGAACACAAGCAACUGCUGUAUGUUUGCGACUCAUACAAUCACAAGGUGAAGGCGGUGAAUACUGGCUCCCAUCACUGUUCAACCGUAACACUCCAGGGUGAUUCUGUAACGUUCAACGAGCCAGGAGGUUUGUGUGCAAUAGAUAAUCUUCUGUAUGUGGCCGACACCAAUAACCACUGCAUUAAAAUUAUCAAUGUGGACAAUUAUUAUGUAAAAGUUAUGCCAUUAACAUUUAAAAGUGGCAGUCAGAAAGAAACAAAGGAGCUGAAACCUGUGAAGGAGGUCCAAGUAACACUGAACACUACGGGAGGUGUGUUGGAGCUGAGAUUGAGUGUGAGUGUGUCAUCCAACAUCAAACCUCUCCCUGAGUCUCCAGCUGUGUGGAAUCUUGCAUUGCCAGAGGGGUGGAAGGAGACCAGAUCGGAGACAGGGGAGCAGGGGCUGGAGAGACGUCUGACAUUAACAGUACCAUCUGGUGACUUGAAGCAGGGUUGGCAACUUAGGCCGCAAUGCCGUCUGUUCUAUUGCCAUGACAACCUGUGUUCUGCCAAGGUCCUGUCAUUUCUUGUCUCUGUGGACUACAGUGACUCGGCUCCCUCUCUGGCUGAGUGUGACAUUGAGUACCUGUUUAGCUUAUAACGAAUACAAACACAAGCUGUUAUAUACUGGCUUCGAGUGAGAUUUUCUACAUAACAAAGUCAAUAACUUUAUUAACACUUAAUUGUAAUUGUGGAGAAUUCACUCUUUUUAAUGCUUAAAAACAUAUAUAUAAAUAUUAUUUAUUUACUAACAGUAAUAUUUUAAUGUAAAAUUUUUACAUUGCAGACUGUCAAUAAACUUCGAAUAAAUUUGCAGUAGAAAAUGAGGUAGCUAAUUUUAAAUAAUACAGUAUUAAGUACGAAAAGUGAUCAUUUUAUGUAUUGGUAGCAGCAAUACACAAGGAUACAAAUAACAAAAACUAAUUUAUCCUUAUAGGCAGGGAUAUGACAAGUGUUGAUAUGUGUACAACUGUACGAAAUAGAUCGGUUGUAAGUUUUGCUCUGUAUUUAUUCAGUACAAAAUUAGAUAUUUUUUGUUAACUCUACAUGUAACUGUGUUACUUUCUAGUGGCAAUUCACCAGUAAGAAUAAAAUCUUUGGGAACAAUUCUGGAAUAAAAUGUUUAUCAGAAAAUACUAUGAGUUUGACUCAGCAAUACGUUGCAUUGAGAAUAUUCCUGGUGUUAAUUUAACCAUUGUCGUAAUAUCUGUUGUUUUUAUCAAUGAAAAAAGUAUUAAUGCACCAUUGUAGAGACUGGUGAGUUGAACCCAUCCAAAACUCACAUGACAUUGCUUGCUUUUCCAACCUUAUUUCACUUUACAUAGUGUCAGAGAAUCUAAAUUAAAUAGGUCCAAACCCCUUUUUGGUUGUAAGCAUUAUAUUACCAUUCAAGGUAAUACAACUCAAAAGACACUUGUUUACAUAAGUGGGAAGGAUAAAUAAAAUAUUUAUAGUUUAAUUUUGACUUCUCAGUAGUUGAAAGUGUCCGACUUGAGUAAAGAUGACAGAAUGACUGUGUAAUCUUUGUAAUCUCUGUAAGUUUUCCUCGCAACUCUGUAUUUCUAGGGUAUGGUGAGUUGUAUCGUCAUCCAUAGUAACACUUUAAACUAAUAUACACUCUAUUGUUUUGUCCCAUUAAAUCCAUAUUGAUUAUUGGUGCUCUACUGUACUUCAAUGAGAUGCUUAUUAGGUCAUUAGAGACUUCCGUCAAACUGGGCAACUCUGAUGGCAAAUUACUUAUCUUCUGCCUUCUUGAUAGCUAUUUGCUUUAUAAACUACUUCUUGGCAAGUUUUUUGCAUUCAUCCAGAUCGCAGAAAAUAUUGUAUGACUCAUAGCCGGGGGAGUGGAACAAACUUUGAAGUUACAAAUUUAUUGUGAGAACAAAUUUGUUAAUGUCAGAUAUCAAUUCAGUACAACCUUACCUUAAAUGUAUAAUAGUAUUCUCUCCUUUAUUUAAACCAUUUAUUAAAAUGAGGUUUUUAAAUUUGAUGCAACAUUCAAAUUAUUUUUACUUCAGGCUAUACAAAAACUCAAAAGUGUUAAAAUACAAACUGUAUUAAUAUCAAGAGUUAACUAAGAUAACUGAAAACUGCACUAAUGUUUGUAAGGAUAAGCACAACUGACAAGUUGUCAAGUGAGCCACUUGUUUUAACUCAUCAAUCCACGACUUGCCAACCAUGACUUCCUGUACCCUGUGUGAAACCGAGUGCCCCCCCCUCCCCCAAGUAAGAGCAUGAGCUGUGUCCGUUUCCAAUAACUGAGUAAUGCUCAUGCUGUUUCACUCUUGCUGGUUAUUAAUGCUUUAACUAUUUCUCUAUUAAGCUUAUCAAUGGGAAGCCUCAUUUUGAAGUCAAACACUCUGAUAGACUUUGUUUUACGGUAGCUUUUAACGUUCGUAUGACUUUUAAAAUGAUCCAUUGGCUAUAAUCUUGU